AUGCAUUUUAUAGCUGAAGCAGCAAAUCAAAAUACCAAGCCAGUACAAUGUUAUUUAUGCCUUAAAUACAAUUAUGUGGCAAAGUACUGCAAAUCAAAGCAACAGAUAUGUGCUCGAUGUGGUGGUAAUCAUCAUAUGGACCAACGUACGGCUGCUCCUGAUUUGUUGAAAUGCUGCAGUUGUCAAGGUAAUCAUUUAGCCACGUCUAAUGUUUGUUCCAAUUAUGUAGAACAAGAAAGAAGACUUCUUAACUUGGUCAACCAAUAUACCACGUCGUACAAGGCAACACCAAUACCAUCAUUAAAGGAUCCUCAAGAAGUUCCAUCAUUACCAAGCAUCACACAACGACAACAAGAACAUCUACACAGUGAUAUCUUGGAUAAACUAGUCGACAUUCAUUCCAGUAAAAUGGAAAAGAUUAUUGAAGAAACAACAAGUCGUCUAAUAAAAUCAUUCGAGAAAAGAAUCAAGAAGAUCGAAAAAAUCAUUGCUGCAGUAGAAAAUAUCAUCAGCGACGACGAUAUGGAUAUCAACUCGAUGUCGGAUUCGGAUAGCGACGAUGAUAUUAAAAUAUUACCAAACAAAAAAGUAAAACAACAAAUUAAACAGUCAGCAGAUACAAGAAAAGCAUCAAAGGUCAACAGGAAACCUUCAUCCACAUUAACUACAACAACAACACAUUCACCAGCUGUUACAACUGAUAAUCCAUCAAAAGCCCAACGUAAACCAAAAGCAAUAUCCAAAGCAAUUAAACGAAAUCGCUCACCCAACAGCUCGUUAGAUUCCACUACAACUGAUAACAAAGAAUUAAAAACAAAUAAUAAUGAAGAUUAG